CGAAGUCCCAACUAGGCAACUAGUCUCACAAAAUCAAGUCUUCUGAUCUUCUGAAAUUAUCUUCUCCUACAAAACUACCGAUUCUCUCAUAAUUAAAAAUUUACAACAGGCCUAAUUCAUAUAUCAUGACACCAAAAUUUCAAUUGCCCCAAAUAUUUUCGUUAUAAUGAGUAUAUAUAAUCCCAUCUUUUCUCCAUUUGCAUUGUUUAUUUGUAUGUUAGAGUAUGAACGUAUGAUCCUUCAAAUUCAAUUCAAUGUCUAUUCCACUUCGAAUUCUACUGUCAAAGCUCUCAAUACCCCAUCAAAAUCUCUUCAACACCAAGCAAUUACAUGCCAUGAUUGCCAAAACCCAUCUUUCUCUUGACCCAUUUUUUGCCACCAAAAUCAGUAGAUAUUACGCGCUUAAUGGUGAUCUUACCUCUGCACACCAACUGUUCGAAGAAAGUCCUCACAGAAGCAUUUACCUUUGGAACUCUAUUAUUAGAGCUUAUGCGCAAGUUCAUGACUUUAAGAAUGCAUUUCAUCUUUUUAAGAAGCUUCUUAGGUCAGAAUUAUGUCCUGAUAAUUUUACAUUUGCUUGCAUUUUACGCGCUUGCUAUGAGAACAAUAAUGUUGAGGGUGUUAGACUUGUUCACGGGGGGUUGGUUGUUUCUGGGUUGCAAAUGGAUUCAAUUUGUGGUAGUGCACUUGUAACUGCUUAUUCAAAACUCGGGUUUGUUGAUGAUGCUAGUAAAGCUUUUUAUGGUGUCAUUGAUCCGGAUUUGGCUACCUGGAAUUCAUUGAUAUAUGGUUAUGGGUAUUGUGGUAUUUGGGGUGAAGGGUUGAAGUUGUUCAAUGCCAUGAGGAUUACAGGGAUUCAGCCAGAUGGGUAUACGAUGGUUGCUUUGAUUUCAUCAUUCACUCAGCCAGGGUUGUUGCAUAUAGGCCAGGGAAUUCAUGGGUUUUGCAUCAAGAGUGGUUUUCUUUCGAAUGAUUAUGUUGGCAGUUCACUGGUCAGCAUGUAUUCGAGAUGUGAGUGCUUGGAUUCGGCACAGGGAGUCUUCUACACCUUGUCAAAACCGGAUAUAGUCACUUGGUCUGCAUUGAUUACAGGGAUUGCAAAUGCAGGGGAUAUGGAUAGAGCAUUUUUGUUCUUCAGAGAUAGGAAUAUGGAAGGUAUGAAGGCUGAUCCUGUAUUGCUUUCAACCAUUCUGGUUGCUUCUGUUCGAUUGGGUAAUGUAGGGCCUGGCUGUGAGGUUCAUGGUUAUGUUCUUCGACAUGGAUUGGAGAUUGAUAUCAGGGUUGCCUCAGCUCUCAUAGAUAUGUAUUCAAAGUGUGGUUUUAUGGACUUGGCCAUUCGGGUUUUGAAUGUCCUUCCAAGAAAGAACAUUGUUGUAUAUAAUUCUGCUAUUUUGGGUCUUGGUUCACAUGGAAUUGCUGAUCAGGCUUUCAGACUGUUUGAUGAGGCUAUGGAGAAAGGAUUUACACCGGAUGAGUCCACAUUUUCUGCUCUUCUUUAUGGUUGCUGUCAAGCUGGUCUUGCCCGAGAAGGAGAGGAAUUUUUCAACAGAAUGAAGGAUGAAUUUGGAAUCAAACCUAGAAAUGAGCAUUAUGUUCACAUGGUUAAGAUAUUAGGAAUGCCUGGAAAGUUGAAGGAGGCGUAUGAAUUUGUCUUGAACUUGUCUGAACCAGUUGACGCUGGCAUUUGGGGAGCACUACUAGCAUGUUGUGAAAUGCAUGGGAAUUCUGCACUUGCAGAAACCAUCCUGCAGCAUAUAUUUGAGAAUCAAGUACAAGAAGGUUCUCACUCAAUUUCGCUUUCAAGAAUCUACGCAAACAAUGAAAGGUGGGAUGAUGUGGAAAAGUUGAGGGAUGGUAUGAUCGAUAACGGACAAAAGAAGCUACCAGGGCUUAGUUGGAUUGGAGGAAAGAGCUCUUAGCAAUUUAGCAACUGAAGGCGAAGCUGGUUCAUGUCACCCAUUAUAUGAUGUUCAUCAGGUCAUGAGUGGUUUAUUCUAGCUCAAGAGGCAAGGCGACAUGGAUGGGAUGGCUGGAACUGGGAAAGGCAUACACUCUGUGUAGUACUUGAUUUGGUGCAUCCAAGUUAUGAGUACAGGUCUCUCCAGGAGUCCAGGUUAUGAAGGAAGUUUUGAAAUCUGGGAAUGGUUGUGAUCUGAACUAUGUAAGUCGACAUCCAGAAAAGAUAUAGUUGUGCAGUUUGCUACUUCCUGAUCUGUUCUGCAUCCUGGUCUGUAUAUAUGAGAGCGUUUCUUCAUAGUUGCUGCUCCAUUGAGUUACGGUCAUGAGUGGUUAAUUCUAGCUCAAGAGGCAAGGUUGCAUUAAUGGGAUGGAUGGAACUGGGAAAGGCAUCCACUUUGUGUAGUACUUGAUUGUGCAUCCAAGUUAUGAGUACAGUUGUGAUAGCCCUAGCUAAUAAUAUCCAGGCCUCUCCGGGUUAUAAAGGAAGCUUUGAAAUCCGGGAAUGGUUGUGAUCUGAACUAUGUAAGUCGACAUCCAGAAAAGAUAUAGUUGGGCAGUUUGCUACUUCCUGAUCUGUUCUGCAUCCUGGUCUGUAUAUAUGAGAGCGUUUCUUCAUAGUUGCUGCUCCAUUGAGUUACGGUCACAAGUAUGUGCCCAUUCUAGCUCAAGAGGCAUGGCGACAUGAAAGGGAUUGCUGGAACUGGGAAAGGCGUACACUUUUUGCAGUACUUGAUUUGUGCAACUGCAGCCAAGUUCUGAGCACUUUGUGAUAGCCCUAGCUAAUAAUAUCUAGUCCUCUCCAGGAAUUGUUGAAGAUACAGUUGUGGAGUUUGCUACUUCCUGAUAUGUUCUUCAUCCCUGGUCUCCAUUGAAUUAUGUUCACGAAUAUGUGACCAUUCUAGCUCAAGAGGCAUGGGUUUGCUGGAACUGGGAAAGGCGUGUACUUGAUUUCUGCAUCUAUGUUAUGAGCACAUUUGUGUUAGCCCUAGCUAAUAAUAUCCAAGCCUCAACAAGGUUAUGAAGGAAGUUUUGAAAUCCAGGAAUUGUUAUGAUAUGUUCUAUGUACGUCAACUUCCAGAGAAGACAACAUAUGUUCUUCAUCCCUGACCUCUGGAUAUGAGAGCGUUUCUUCAUAGUUGCUGCUCCAUUGAGUUAUGGUGUACUAAAGGUGUGUGAAAGAGAAGUAAAAAUGUUGUUAAAAAGGGGCAAAAUUGUCUUUUCGCGAAAUUUAAGGAACCAGCUAAUUCAAAACGCUGCUCCAAGCAUCAGAUUGAUAUUUAGUGGAUUGAAACGAAUCAGUUGUUCAAUCUGCUAACUACCAAACACAAACAUUAGAGGGUUUGACUUGUCAAACCUCUAAUAUUGGUCAAACAGCUAUUUUUUAGCCAAUCUGCUAACUUCCAAACACCCCCAUUGUCGUAUUUAAUUUUCCAGACACCACUUGAUAAUAUGGCAGUAAACGUGAAAAAAAAAUAGAAGGAAUUCAUUUAAAAAAAAAAAAAAAAAAUUGAGAGUAGAUAUUUUAUUUUUAAUAUUUGUUUUUAGGUACACACCUGCAUAUCAUUACUCCGUACGUACCACUCCCUCCGUUCAUAAUAUCAUAUAGUUUCAUCUGUUCUACAAUUAUGUUGACUUUUAUACUAAUCACAUUGUGUUUUUGACCAUUUUUUAUGAUAUAUGUAAAAAAAAAAAUACGUAAUCACGUUGGUUCUCGUUAGUUUUGAAUCGAUAUACAUAUACUUUUUAAAACCUUAAUUUUUUAAAUUAAUUUUUAAGAUACCAAUUGAGGUUGACAUGAGUGGUUAAGGGCUUUUUGCUCCUUAACCAAGGUCUCGGGUUCGAGCCUUGGGAAUGGAAAAAAUCUCAACUGGGAGGGAUGCUGCUCGUCGAGGUACCCAUGCAAACUCCCGCGGGAGAUUAGUCCACCCGCCGAAGGCGGUGGGAACUCCUCGUACUAGAACCAAAAAAAUAAUUUCAAAGAUUAAGAGUCAGAGUUGGGUGUUGAGAAAUGUAAAGUAACAUGGUGUAAUAUUUAAGGAAAGAAAAAUAUACAUAAAAUAAGAGUUCAUAAUCAUAUAAGAUAAUUAAACCAUAUAAAAUGUUGCACGAAACACAUCUGGAGUUUUUUAAUUGACUUGCUUAUUUCUUCUACGCACUUACGUCUCUAAUAUUACUGGUAACUUUAUUAAAAAAAGUUACACUUUGGUAUUCCCUCCGUUUCGAAAUAAUAGGGACAUUUUACCUUUUCACGCUUGUCAAUGUAAAUAUUUAGACAUUAAUAUCUCUAAUUUUAUAUUCGUAAAUGUUAUAAUAUGUUGAUAUUCUAAAAGUACAUAUGGAAACGAAUCAAAUAAGAUCCCACACGACUAUAUUUUUCCAUACGCAUAAAUCACAAAUGAUAUUUAAAUUGAAAUUUGUGAAUAGUAUCAAAAGUUCAAGCGUUCCUAUUAUUUCGAAAUGGAUGUAGUAUUUCCGAGUGCAGAUCUUUUAUGAUAAAAGCAAAACAAUGAAUAAAAUAAUCAAGAUGAGACGUAUGAUGCUCUUGUUACAAAGACAAAUUAUUGUUACUGAAUUUCCAGACACCACUUGUCCACUUGAUAAUAUGGCAGUAAACGACUAAACGUGACCAAAUACAGAAGGAAUUCAAAUUUUUGUAUUUUAAUAUUUGUUUUUAGGUACACACUUGUUCUAUGAUUACGUACUACUCCCUACGUAUUACUUUUCCGUUUCAUAAAAAUUGCAACACUCUUAGUUUUACCACAAUUCAUAUACUCUCUCCGUAUUUAUUUAAGGGAUACACUUGUCUUUUCUGGUCGUAUUUAUUUAAGAGAUACACUUGCCAUUUUUAGAACUUAUCAACCCCACCAUCUAAUUAAAUAAUCUAUCUACACCCCACCCCCACCCCCCACUCCCUUAAAAUAACAUGGUCCCCACUUGUUUUACUUAUUAAAUAUCUACCCAACCCCACUUAUUUUAUUACUUUAUUUCAUUCAACUUUUCUUCUUAAUACCCGUGUCCGGCCAAGUGUAUCUCUUAAAUAAAUCGGCAACUUUUGUGUAAGACCGCCUUACCGGAAAGACCACUUUGGUUGCUUAACUAAUUGGUUCCAUUUCUUAACUAAUUGGUUACUUUGCUUAAUUAAUUGAUUCAAUUGCUUAAUUAAUUAAUUUCUUUGCUUAACUAAUUGGUUUCAGUGCUUAACUAAUUAGUUCAAGUGCUUAACUAAUUGGUUCCAUUACUUAACUUAUAUGAUAACAAGGUGGUCUUUUAUGUAAGACCGUCUUAUAGAAAAAUUUGUAUAAAUAAAUACGGAGGGAGUAUAAUUUUGAUCAUAAAAUUUUAUUAAGUUAUUAAAAACAAAUGUUGUCAAGUAAAAUGUUGAUCAAUUGAUUUAAUUAUAUACUUUCAUAAUAUUAAAUUUUAAGAUUUUUUUGAAAAAAUUAGAGAUAAUUAUUGUCAAAGUUAUAUAUUGACGAAUGUACUAGUCAAAGUGUUUUAAUUUUUUUUGGAAACAUAUAAGUAUUACGAUUUCUACCAACCAUUCCCACACCCUUUUUUUUUUAUUAUUUUUUUUUUAUUAUUUUUCUUUAGCAUUAUACAACAAUUUUGUUUCCCCUCUACAAAUAAAACCCAACAUUCUUCACUUUUUUUUAGUAUUUUUUUUUUAUUAAACAACAAUUUUAUUUCUUCCCUUUCCAUUACAAGUACAAUUCAAUGGUGGAUUUUUCUUACGCACAUUUACUUUUUCUUAAUAUCUGUGAAUUUCUCAAAAUAUGAACGAUAUUAUGAAAUGAAACGGAGGGAAUUUACUAACAUACUUCCUUUGUUCUUAUUUACAUGACACAAUUGUAUUUAUGACAUUAUUCACACAAGCUCAUUUGAAUUCAUUUUGUGAUUUAUAUUUAAGAAAAAAUAUAGUCAUGUUGGGUCUUAUUAGAUUCGUCUCAAUAAAUAAUUUUUAAAUAUCAAUUUUUUAUAAUUUUUUCUUAUCCAUAAUUGAGAUAUUAACGUUUGAAAUCAUGCAUUGGCAAACGUGCCUAAAUAAUUGUGUCAUUUAAAAAAGAACAGAGGAAGUAGUAAACUACUCUAGUAAACGGUUUUGGAUCCUCUAGAGUUCUAAAAUAACUCUACAAGGUAGAGUUUGAGUAUAUCGACCAUUGAAUGAAAGAUCAAUGGUUCAUAUAUUAUCUUUCCAAAAUUCCCCCUAAUUUUUCUCAUCAAUAUGAGCCAUUGAUUUUAAAAUGUAUGGUUUAGAUACAACUCCAUCUUAUAGUAUGGUUUAAAAUGUAUGGUUUAGAUAGAACUCCUAGUAAACCGUACAAUAAAAAUGAAAAAAAUGAAAAAUAAACCAUAACACAAGUGGACAUCCGAGUCAAGUGUAGAAGCUGCUCUAUUAAUUGUUGCAAGUUGCGUCAACUCGUCAAAGGGAAGGGAAUAGCAUAUUACUCCGUACUAGGCUGGUUAAAAACCGACUUGUCCAGAAAUUGAUCCGAGACUGACAUGAAAGUACUGGGUCUUGAACAAGAUUUUGUAACCCACAUCCGAUUUCAUCUGAGCUCGAACAACCCAAAAAUUAUGAGUCAAAAUCGACCAAGCCCCGUUUUUUGCCCAACCGAUUGUAAAUCAUUAUCUUACAGUAAUAAAAUGAUA